UCUUUCUAUUAACAGUGAGCGUCAGUUGCAGCCUCAAGAAACCCGAAGUCGCAGAGAUGGCUGCGGAAUCCACGAGAGGUAGGAGAUUAAGGAGAUCGCGCAACGUUUCCUCUUUCUUCGAUGAAUCGACGGAGAACGCGAUGUCGCCGAAGACGAUGAACGUCAUCGUGGACGUUCACCACGCAGGUGAAAGAUUAAGCCAACGACAACAACAAAACAAUGAAAAUGAUAUUACGAUCGAUAAGGAGACUAAACGAUCCUCCGAACGAUCUUCCCAAAGUUCCAAAGUUUCUUCGCGAGCGAGUGAAAAACCUCGGAAUCGUUUCUCUGAUCGCAGGAGUUCUUCGAAGGAUCUUCCCAAACAUGAUGAUUUGAUGGUGGAGUCGUUAGAUCUAAUAAAGGAAUUCGAGGCUCCGAGAAAGAGAAACGAGUCUCUCGAGGAGAAACCGCGACGCAGGAAGCAAUGGAACACCGCGGCAAACGAAACGGAAGUAGAUUCGAAAAGACCGCCGCGGAAACGCUGGUCCAAGGACGCCGGGGUGAUCCGAUUACCCGAGACGAGCGACGAUGCAUCCCCGUUGAUCGAAGACUCGCGUAAAACGCCGGUACCAGCACCGCGAACCAACUUGCGGCGGAGUGACGCCAUCCUCUUCGACAAUCCGGCGUUCGUAUCCGAUAACGAGGACGAGGUGCUCCGGAUUGAGACUGAUCAUAAUCGAGAGAGCACCAAGAUUGAAAUGAGGAGACUGAGCGAUCGUUCGAAUGUCGAGGACGUGGACGUCGCUGGGAUUACGUCCAGCAGUUCUUCGAGGAAGCAUCGACAGGAAUCUGUGAGCGAACGUCUCGCAGUGGAAAGCAAUGAUCGUUCUUUGAAAGCGAGAUUUUCGGAAAGUCGAAGGAAUAGUAUUGGGGAAUUCGAUUCGUCGGCGAGUCUGGAGAGGAUCACUGAUGUUCGAUCGAGUUCAAUCGCCUCCGAGGAACGAGUCUCGAGUAGCCGGAAGUCCAAACCGGAAACGACGCGCAAUCGAUCCAGAAGGAAAGAGCGAUCGUUGCUCAAGAAGAAGGAGUCUUCCGGUGAAGAUGUGCUCCUCAGUUCAUCCGCAAAGGAUGCUAAUUCGAUGACAGAGACAGAUACAAGAAUGAGAAGAAAGAGGAAAAAGAAACGUAAACAGGAAAAGGAAAUGAAGGAGAAGGAAGAGGUGAAAUUUGUUUCAGUAACGAUUCAUCGGGCGGAUGUGCUAGAAGCUGAUUACGUGAGCGUAAGGCGACCGAUGGUCAGGGUUCAUAUCGUGGAGGCUCACACGGGUUCAUAUUUGAAGAGCACAGAGAGCGGCGAUACAUAUCUUCAACCGAUGAUCACCGGCAAGUUUGACUUCAAGAAGAAUAGGUCGAUGAUACCAGUCUGGGAAGAGGAGCUUAUCUUUGAACACAACUUCGACGCGAUUAUGAGACGCGAAGAUGGCGAACAAGUGGUGAUUCUCUUCGAAAUUAUAGAGCUCCUGAGCUUCGCCGACGCAAGCAUCAGUUAUGACAAAAUUGGUAGCGAGGGAUGCUGGAACAAAAUCGCCUGGGCAUUUCUGAAGCCCGUAGGAACUAACAGUAUUCUUCAUAUAGACAAAAAAGUGCGAUUGCAACUUUACAAACCUAGACGGAGCUUUAAAAAAUACGGAAGACAAAAGUGCGAGGUUUAUACUUGGUGGCAGUCGAACAAUAGAGACAAAUAUCCCAGUAGUCUCCUAGUAACGGUGACAUCAAUCCCACCGCCAAAACUCGAGUCAGUGCUUUAUCAAAAGCUGUCAAUAAAUGAUCUCCUUGAUGAAUCACAAAACAACUUGCGGGAUCUUUCAAAAUGCACGUCGGAAUCGGUAGGUCUUCCUAAAUGGGCGCGAUUAGCGGCUCAAUCUUGCAAAAUUCCGAAUGAGAAGAUGUUCGAGACGGAAGUGAGCGAAAAAGGCUGCUUCUACGUCGCCUUCAGCAACGACGGCAAGUAUCUGGCUUGCGUCCAUUCCGAGGAGUACUAUUACCCAAUUGUCGUUUAUGAGGUCGAAACCGGCAAGAUCCAUGUUCGAUUUCUCGGUCACAAGGCUUUCGUGUACUCUCUAAAUUGGUCCAGCGACGAUCAUUGCCUGUUGUCGGCGUCAACAGAUCAAACGGCACGUAUCUGGGAUGUUCGCAGUCAAAUCGUGCAGCACAUCGAGAUGCUCCCACAUCCUUCGUAUGUCUAUUGCGCCAAGUACGGACCCGGCAAUGCGACGAUCGUGGCGACAGGAUGUUACGAUCGAAUAGUUCGCAUCUGGGUGAACGGCAGGAGAUCAAGGAAGCGAGAAUUGAACCAGGAAUUGGAAGGCCACGAGGGUUUCGUCAAUUCGAUGGUUUUUAAAAAAAACGGUAAUUUGAUUACCGCCGACAGCGUAGGAUUGAUAAUUCUUUGGACAAUCCGUAUAGACAGUAAGAUAUCAUCUAAGAGGACUGGAUGCAUCUUGAGGAAGAUAAAAAUUCGCGAGAUCGAGGGUGUCGUUAUCAACACAAUCGUUCUGCAUCCCCUGGAGUCUAGACUCCUCGUACAUUCGAGAGAUAAUGGCUUGCGAAUGCUGGAUCUCGCGACCGGCGUAGUAUUGCAAAAGUAUAAACGGCUAAAUAAUCAAAGAAUACAAUUAAAAGCCUGUAUAUCUCCCUGCGGUGGAUUUGUUAUAUGCGGUAGCGAGGAUUCCGUAUUGAAUAUCUGGAAUUUGGAGACAGGUAAACUCGUAGCCAAGUACACAAAUGAUGAACGUAAUUCGGCUAAGACAAUUGUUACCUGUGUGGAUUACCAUCCCUACGAUCACGUUUUGGCAUAUUCGAUAUUUGGCAGUCCCACAUCAGUAGAUGUUCUGAGAUACAAUAAAGACGCCAAUGGGAAUGACGUUGGAUUACAUCUUAUGGAAGACGCGUCACAAAGUCGAGGUAAUGAAGUGAUCUUGAAUGCUUUGAGUUGCCCUCGACAGAAUAAACCUAACGUAGCAGGGAGGAAGGAAAUGCCCCCUCAUCAUUUAACAGCCGAUCACACGAUAAUACAAAUCGAAAAUAAUGAUUAUGGACGACUGUGGACAAUGCCGCACUCGAGAGAAAUGGAGCGAAAUUGGAGGAAGAAGAGUUGGGAUCGACUUCAUAAUAUUAUUGAAAAAAUCGACUCAAUAUUAUUCGGGAAUUCAAUGUUUGAAGACGUCGCCAAACAGAGUUCCAGCGCGAACUGUGAUUCUUGGACCAACAACGCGUCUAACAACGUCGAUUUGCAACGAGAUGUACUUCUCGAUGAUCGUGCCGUGAACUCCAUAAAAUCCCAUGAUGGUAACAAUACGCAGUCUAGCUUCACGACUGUAUCAAAGAGUUUGGAUCAUUCAUCUGAUUUUCGCAAUUCGGCAGUUGCGUUAAAAAAAACAGAUACGUCGUUGCACAUAAGCUCCCCAGACAGCGCUGGUACUUAUAUCGUGGAAAUGUCGAACUUCAAUAAAAACAUUGAAGUUGGUGUUACUGAGGAGAAAGAUUCCGUCCAAACGAUUGGGAGCGAUAGUUCACGGAUUAGUAAUGUUACAUUCCUCGUAGAGAAUGAGCGAACAUAA